AUGUAUAGACAAAUACCUUUAUCUGUUGCGUUCAGUAGUGAAAACCCUGACGUCAAAAUAAAGGGGAACAGAGUAACGUUUAAGUUUCCAACAGACUGGAUUGUGAACAUAAAUGAAGAGAAGUACAUUGGCAUAACAUCUAUGUAUAUAACACGUGCUUUCAGAAAGGUUGACUUUAUACUUCAAGUCGAGAUAGAAAAUGACGAACAGUCUUUAAGCGCCCAAACAUUCACAUAUACAAAUACUUUAAAGACGAUACAACAUUGUUGCAAUGUAUGA